AUGCUUAGAUCCAGACUACUAUCAACUGCUAGACGCUCCAUGGUCAUCACACCAAAAAGAAUGAUGUUCCCAGCCUUCCCAACCACCCAAUUGAGAUUAUCAUUAACCCCAUCUUUAAUUAGAUCUUAUUCUCAUGCUCCAGAAUUAACUCGUGAUAUUAUUAAAGAAAGAGUAUUGGAUAUUUUUGAAGGUUUUGAUAAAGUCGCAGAGGAUAAAUCAUUAGAAGAAACUUCAGAUAUUUCUAAAGAUUUAGGUUUAGAUUCUUUAGAUAUAGUUGAUAUUGUAAUGGCUUUAGAAGAGGAAUUUUCAAUUGAAAUUCCUGAAAAAGAUGUUCCAGGUUUGAAAACUAUUGGUGAUGCUAUUAAUUAUAUUGAAAACACUCCAGAUUCUGCUUAG